UUUUCAUCAAAAAGUAAGGCGGGAGUGAGUUUGAGAUAGGUCACAGCAAAUUAACAGGAGGAGGAAGAAGGAGAGCUUCAACUUUGAAAUAGAUGGCAGUUCCUUCCAAUUUCACCUCUCCUCCUCUAACUCCUCAUCGCACUCUUUCCUCUUCCUUCAAACCUCCUGUUUUAUCCCUCCCUUUUUACAACGCCUGCGCUUCCAAAUCCAUUUCAAUCUCCAAACACAAUGCCCUCAAAAAUGGAUCCGCGAGGAUCAGACCUAUGUCGAUUAGAGCUUCUUCUUCCUUUGGUUCUAGACUCGAGGAGAGUGUCAAAACUACAAUUACUCAGAAUCCUGUUGUUGUUUACUCCAAGACAUGGUGUUCGUAUUCUUCUGAGGUUAAGGCGUUGUUCAAGAGGCUUGGAGCGCAGCCAUUGGUCAUUGAAUUGGAUGAAUUAGGUCCCCAAGGGCCACAACUGCAAAAGGUACUUGAGAGGCUUACGGGACAACAUACGGUACCAAAUGUUUUCAUAGGGGGCAAGCACAUAGGCGGUUGUACAGAUACUGUGAAACUAUACCGAAAAGGAGAGCUCGAGCCUCUUCUAUCUGAAGCGAAUGCUAAAAAUACAGAGACAUAAGGCUCUAGGCACAUUUUGUUUUCUUAGCCAUUUGCUGACUGACCUGUUGAUUUUCUUAAUUCUACCUCGAGUGACACUUGCGUUUCUAGUUAGGAACAUGUAUUUUAAGAUAUUUGUGGAUGCAUUUGUUUCAAGGAAGGAUCUCCAGUUUAUGCAUGAAAUAAGAGAGCAUUUUAUUCCCAUUUGGAAA